ACCGAUCUUUUUCCUGGAGCCCUAUGACCCCACACGGAAAACCCGCACACUUCUGACAUCCUGGAAGAAAAGAGAAAUAACAGGAGGGCGGGGACGAGCCGCACAGCACUGCAGGGAGAAAGUGUGCCGCUGCCAGACACGCCCCCUCCUGGCAGUGCCGAGCGCUGAUUGGUGGGGCCGGGGGCAGUCAAUGCUUGAUGUAGUGGAGUGUCGCAGGAACAGCAGGCAGACAGACAGCAGAGCAGGCGACGAGGAGGCAUCACCUGUGCACUGACAGCCUGCAGAGGGGAUAUCACUAGUGCACUGGACACUGACAGCCAGCAGUGGAGAUAUUACUAGUACACUGACCGGCAGCAGAGGGGGCAUCAGUAGUGCACUGACCAGCAGCAGAGGGGGCAUCAGUAGUGCACUGACCAGCAGCAGAGGGGGCAUCAGUAGUGCACUGACCAGCAGCAGAGGGGGCAUCAGUAGUGCACUGACAGGCAGCAGAGGGGGCAUCACUAGUGCACUGGACACUGGUCACUGACAGCCCUCAGCAGGUGCUAUGCCCACAGAGGUGAUGAGUGCGGUGAGGAUGCAGCCCAUCUCCCAUCUGCAGCACCACAGCCCGGUGCUGCCCAUCAGGCUGCUCACCCGGGGCCCCGACUACCUGCGCCGGCAGAUAGAGACUGGCACCCCUGCCCGGAGCACCCUGAGCGCCGUGGAGCGGCUGGCAGCGGACAAGGCCAAGUAUGUGAAGAGCCAGAAGGUGGCUGGCAGCUCAGCGUCAGAAAGCAGCACAGAAAGCAGCUCCAGGGGCAGCCAGCAGGAGGCAGAGUCCGGGACUCCUGUGAGGAGGGGCAGCAGCAAGAGGCUCCUGAGGCCGGACUCCCUGGUCAUCUACAGGCAGAAGAACCGAGGAGAGGCCAUGGCAGAGGAUGCCAGGACCGGGCUGGUCAGGAGGCUGUUCUUGGGCAGCGCCAAGGAGAAACCCCUGGUCUCUAUAGCGCCCUCUAUCGCGGAGAGCCGGAUGAAGGAGAGAUCCCGCUCCGGCCUGCACCGCUCGCAGUCGGACAUCAGCUCCAGAUACUCCCGAUCCUUCUCCGACUUUGACACCUUCUUCAAGUACUGCGGCCUGGAGCCCGAGGUGGUGGAGGAGCUGGGCAAGGACAUGUUCACCGCCGCCCCGGAGGAUGCCCUGGACAACAGCGCCGGCCACCGACUACGCAGUGCCAGUGUAGCCACGUCCGACAGCGGCUUCAGUCGGAGGAGCGGGGGGGAGGGCAGCAAUGGUGGACUGCAGGAGGACGAGCAGCUCGGCGGGGGGCAGCUCCCGGGCAGCAACAGCAACACAUCGGUCAUAGAACGGAAUGCCAGGAUCAUCAAGUGGCUGUACAGCUGCAAGAAGGCCAAGGAGACCCGGGGGGCAUCCCCGGAUUUACCCUGAGCAUGCAUUGGCACUGCCCCCCACCAACAUGGCUCUUUUACAGUAUUGUGCCUGCAGCCUCAUGUAGUGCCACUGUUAUAGCUGCUGGACAGCGACCGGACAUCAAUAAGGGCAUUGCAGACUGUGCCAAGCUCCCUGUGCCAAGGGGCAACACUGGAAUUCUCCAAUAAUCUUACAUUGGGAAUUGUGAGAUUUGGAAGGGAUUUUUUUUAUUAUUUUUUAUUUUUUUUCUUGCUGCUGUUGGACCCAGUCCUGUUGUAUAUUGUGCUACAAGCCCAUCUCUAUAUGUUCCUGGCAGCAGCUGGUUUCAGAUAGAUGCCCAGCCCUGGCAUCCUGUAUGUAUGUGUCCCUGGCAGCAGCUGGAUAUAAUAAAUGUACAGAAAGAUUUGAGCUUCCCAACCAGGGUGCCUCCAGCUGUUGCAAAACUACAACUCCCAGCAUGCCCAGACAGCCUUCGGCUGUCUGGGCAUGCUGGGAUUGGAGUUUUGCAACAGCUGGAGGCACCCUGGUUGGGAAACACUGAUAGACACUCAGCCUUGUGAUCCUGUAUGUGUAUCUGGCAGCAGCUGGCUUAUGGAAAUGUCUGCUCUGUACUGUACUAAUAGAUCAGUGUUUCUCAACCAGGGUGCCUCCAGCUGUUGCAAAUCUACAGCUUCCAGAAUGCUGGGAGUAGUAGUUUUGCAACAGCUGGAGGCACCCUGGUUGGGAAACACUGAUAGACGCUCAGCCUUGUGAUCCUGUAUGUGGAUCUGGCAGCAGCUGGCUUAUGGAAAUGUCUGCUCUGUACUGUACUAAUAGAUCAGUGUUUCUCAACCAGGGUGCCUCCAGCUGUUGCAAAUCUACAGCUUCCAGAAUGCUGGGAGUAGUAGUUUUGCAACAGCUGGAGGCACCCUGGUUGGGAAACACUGAUAGACGCUCAGCCUUGUGAUCCUGUAUGUGGAUCUGGCAGCAGCUGGCUUAUGGAAAUGUCUGCUCUGUACUGUACUAAUAGAUCAGUGUUUCUCAACCAGGGUGCCUCCAGCUGUUGCAAAUCUACAGCUUCCAGAAUGCUGGGAGUAGUAGUUUUGCAACAGCUGGAGGCACCCUGGUUGGGAAACACUGAUAGGCGCUCAGCCCUGUGAUCCUGUAUGUGUAUCUGGCAGCAGCUGGCUUAUGGAAAUGUCUGCUCUGUACUAUACUAAUAGAUCAGUGUUUCUCAACCAGGGUGCCUCCAGCUGUUGCAAAUCUACAACUUCCAGAAUGCUGGGAGUAGUAGUUUUGCAACAGCUGGAAGCACCCUGGUUGGGAAACACUGAUAGGCGCUCAGCCCUGUGAUCCUGUAUGUAUGUGUAUCUGGCAGCAGCUGGCUUAUGGAAAUGUCUGCUCUGUACUGCACUAAAUAGAUCAGUGUUUCUCAACCAGAGUGCCUCCAGCUGUUGCAAAUCUACAACUCCCAGAAUGCUGGGAGUUGUAGUUUUGCAACAGAUGGAAGCACCCUGGUUGGGAAACACUGAGAUAGAUGCUCAGCCCUAGGAUCCUGUAUGUAUGUCGAAGGCGGUCUGAACAUGCUGGGUGUUGUAGUUUUACAACAGCUGGAGGCACCCUGCUUGGGAAACACUGAUCUAUUAUGCUCUGCCCUGAGAUCCUGUAUGUAUGUGUACCUGGCAGCAGCUGGCUUUUGAAAAUGUCUGCUCUGUACCGUGCAAAUAGAUCAAUGGUUUCUCAACCAGGGGGGCCUCCAGCUGUUGCAAAACUACUACUCACCAGCAUGCUGGGAGUAGUAGUUUUGCAACAGCUGGAAGCACCCUGGUUGGGAAACCCCGAGAUAGAUGCUCAGCCCUAGGAUCCUGUAUGUAUGGAAAGGUCUGCUUAUCUGCUACAAGUCGGUGUCACCCGGAUGUUACCGUUGCAAUCCAAUGUGUCUUCUUUUUUUUUUCUUUAUGUUUGUAUCAUUUUUGUUUAUUGUUUAUGUUUGUAUCAUUUUUGUUUAUUGUUUAUGUUUGUAUCAUUUUUGUUUAUUGUUUAUGUUUGAAUGUAUCAACGGUUAUUGUUCAUGUUAAGAUGGCAGGUAUAUAGCCAGAGACCAGCUGCCUAUGGUUAUAUAUAUACAUCCUGUGGGUGAAGAUUUACAACCAGGUGACUAGAUAAGAGAAUUGCUGUGUCAAUAAUCUUUCUUUUCAAAGCCAAAAGGCAUUAAAUAGUUAAACUGGGGGGUGUAUAGUGACCCCAAUGUUGCCCCAAAAUCUGUCACAUGGUGCUGUUUAUGGUCAGUAUUAGGAUAGCGUCUCAGCUUAGAAUUUUAGAUUAUGGAACCUGUUGCAAAACUACAACUCCCAGCAUGCCCGGACAGCCUUCGGCUGUCCGGGCAUGCUGGGAGUUGUAGUUUUGCAACAGCUGGAGGCACCCUGAUUGUAAAAUAAAUGUUUUUUAUAUAUAUUGUUGGACUACUCAUUCAUCUAUAGGAAGCGAUAUCCUAAGCAAUUUUCAUAUCUAAUUGUCUUUGAGCAGUGUUCCCCAAUGUGUAGCAUUUCGGCUGUUGCAAAACUACAACUCCUAUCGUGUCAGUGCAUAGAGAGAGUUGUACUUUUGCAACGGCUGAUGAACCACAACUCCCAUCAUGUCAGUGUAUAGAGAGUUGAAGUUUUAAAGGAGCACAACUCCCAUCAUGUCAGUGUAUAGAGAGUUGAAGUUUUAAAGGAGCACAACUCCCAUCAUGUCAGUGUAUAGAGAGUUGAAGUUUUAACAACUCCCAUCAUGUCAGUACAUAGAGUUGUAGUUUGGCAACAGUUGAGGAACCACAACUCCCAUCAUGUCACUGCAUAGGGUUGUAGGUUUGUUGCAGCUGAAGAUGCACAACUCCCAUCAUGUCAGUACAUAGAAUUGUAGUUUGGCAACUGCUAAUGAACCGCAACUCCCAUCAUGUCAGUGCAUACUGCGUAGAGGUGUUGUUUUUUAGCAGCUGAAGAAGCACAACUCCCAUCAUGUCAGCACAUAGUGAGUUGUCGUUUUAAAGGAGCACAACUCCCAUCAUGUCCGUACAUAGAGUUGUAGUUUGGCAACAGCUAAUGAACCUCAACUCCCAUCAUGUCAGUGUAUAGAGCAGUGGUUUUCAACCUGCGGACCUCCAGAUUUUGCAAAACUACAACUCCCAGCAUGCCCGGACAGCCAACAGCUGAGAGUUGUAGUUUUGCAACAUCUGGAGGUCCGCAGGUUGAAGACCACUGGUAUAGAGUUGAAGUUUUAAAGGAGCAAAACUCCCAUCAUGUUGAGUUGUAGUUUGGCAACAGUUGAGGAACCAAAACUCCCAUCAUGUCAGUGCAUAGAGUUGUAGUUUUUUAGCAGCUGAAGAACCACAACUCCCAUCAUGUCAGCACAUAGAGUUGUGGUUUUAAAGAAGCACAACUCCCAUCAUGUCAGUACAUGGAGUUGUAGUUUGUCAGCAGCUAAUGAACCACAACUCCCAUCAUGUCAUUACAUAGAGUAAUGUAGUUUGGCAACAGCUGAAGAACCACGACUGCCAAAAUGUCCGCGCAUAGAAUUGUAGUUUGGCAACAACAGCUGAAGAACCACAACUCCCAUCAUGUCAGUGUAUAGGGAGUCAUAGUUUUGCCCCAGGUUGAGGAACACUGCUCUAUCGUCGCCCCAGGUACAUCAUUUCUGGUAUUACGGAUCCAUCUGUGUGUCACAUGAUCAGCAAAGUUUUUUGUUUUUUUUCCCCCCUUAUUUAUUCUGUGUUGUGAACAUGGACCAAUAUCCUUUAUUUCGUUGUCUGACUCUAUUUUAUUCAUUGAUUUAUCAUUAAAAGCACUGCCAGUUUUUGUUUCUGUCAAAUACAGUGUGAUUCCUUUAAUCCAGCAUUCGAUAGUUCAGAAAUUGUGACCAAAGCUGCAAGAUAGUCCGACCAGGCCGGCGGAACCGAUCCAAAAUCUUUAGUUUUCGGGAAUCCAAAUAGAAUUUUGUUUUUCGUUAACCCAUUUUAUACACAAGUAGUUGAGUGUUUGAUAAUCCAGAAUGUCCUCUAAUCCGGUAUAUUAAUGGAUAUUUCUGUACAUUAUUAGAAUCGCGUUGUGUUACAUAUGGGUCAUAGUUUGUUAUCUAGUAUUUUCCAACAAGGGUGUUGUAAAACUACAACACCCAGCAUGCCCGGACAGCCGAAGGCUGUCCGGGCAUGCUGGGAGUUGUAGUUUUGCAACAGCUGGAGGCACCCUAGUAGGGAAACACUGUUCUAAUCUCAAUUGCAGAAUGGUUUCCAGCUGUUGAAAAAGGACAACUACCACCACGUCCUUACUGGGCAUGCUGGGAGUUGUAGUUUUCCAACAGCUGGAGGCACCCUAGUAGGGAAACACUGUUCUAAUCUCAAUUGCAGAAUGGUUUCCAGCUGUUGCAAGAGGACAACUACCACCACAUCCUGACUGGGCAUGCUGGGAGUUGUAGUUUUGCAACAGCUGGAGGCACCACAGUAGGGAAACACUGUUCUAAUCUCAAUUGCAGAAUGGUUUCCAGCUGUUGCAAGAGGACAACUACCACCACAUCCUGACUGGGCAUGCUGGGAGUUGUAGUUUUGCAACAGCUGGAGGCACCCUAGUAGGGAAACACUGUUCUAAUCUCAAUUGCAGAAUGGUUUCCAGCUGUUGAAAAAGGACAACUACCACCACGUCCUUACUGGGCAUGCUGGGAGUUGUAGUUUUCCAACAGCUGGAGGCACCCUAGUAGGGAAACACUGUUCUAAUCUCAAUUGCAGAAUGGUUUCCAGCUGUUGCAAGAGGACAACUACCACCACAUCCUGACUGGGCAUGCUGGGAGUUGUAGUUUUGCAACAGCUGGAGGCACCACAGUAGGGAAACACUGUUCUAAUCUCAAUUGCAGAAUGGUUUCCAGCUGUUGCAAGAGGACAACUACCACCACAUCCUGACUGGGCAUGCUGGGAGUUGUAGUUUUGCAACAGCUGGAGGCACCCUAGUAGGGAAACACUGUUCUAAUCUCAAUUGCAGAAUGGUUUCCAGCUGUUGCAAGAGGACAACUACCACCACAUCCUGACUGGGCAUGCUGGGAGUUGUAGUUUUGCAACAGCUGGAGGCACCACAGUAGGGAAACACUGUUCUAAUCUCAAUUGCAGAAUGGUUUCCAGCUGUUGCAAGGACAACUACCACCACAUCCUGACUGGGCAUGCUGGGAGUUGUAGUUUUGCAACAGCUGGAGGCACCCUAGUAGGGAAACACUGUUCUAAUCUCAAUUGCAGAAUGGUUUCCAGCUGUUGCAAGAGGACAACUACCACCACAUCCUGACUGGGCAUGCUGGGAGUUGUAGUUUUGCAACAGCUGGAGGCACCCUAGUAGGGAAACACUGUUCUAAUCUCAAUUGCAGAAUGGUUUCCAGCUGUUGCAAAAAGGACAACUACCACCAUGUCCUGACUGGGCAUGCUGGGAGGUGUAGUUCUUUCUCAACUGGAGAGCCACAGCUUGGGAAACCCUGCUUCAUUACAAAAAAAAAUUUAAAAUUUAAAAAACAUGAGCAACUUUACAGUCUGUAGCAAAAAUUGCCGAGUGGUCCGAUUGGUCGCAAUAGGCAAGCGCGCCACUUUUUGCUUGUGCGUUUUUCCCGGAUCUUGUUUGCAGGUGACAGACGGAGGCAGAGGUGUAAAUUAAGGAGUCUCUGGCUUUUUUUUUUUUUUUUUGCAUGGAAUGCAGAUUUCUGGCUAACAAAGUUGCCUGGGGGUGGACUCCACCAUUUGGCUCCCAGGCAGGGGGGUGUGUGGGCUGUGUUGAGUGAAUCAUCUUUAGAUAAACAGAAGUACUUAAAGCUGGCAUGUCACCUGGUUAUGUAGACAUGGGCCUGAGACCUAAUCAGUCCUCCAUUAUGCGAACCGUUUCGCAAGUGGUUAAUUGGUAAUUGAGUCUGGGGUACUGAGGGUGAGUGCACACUCGGCAAAUCGGGUGUCUUACCUUAAUGCCAGUUACAUACAAUAUCGACAAGUAUACCCAUCAUAAAGAGAUCUAUCAUGCUUUUAUUUCUGGUCAUUAGACCAGUGUUUACCAACCAAUGGUGCCUCCAGCUGUUUCAAAACUUCAACUCCCAGCAUG